ACAUAAAAUAUUACUUUAUCUCGAAAACAAGGACAAUUGGCAAAUUAUAAUUUCCCAUGUCCUAAAGCUAAAGAACUAAAGUAGAUCCAUUAAAAUUAGAAAGAAAUAUACUUUUAGUAGCAUUAUUAUGGAAGAGAGAAGGAAUUCCUUCUUUUUUAUUUGGUGGUGUGUUUGGUAGAUGAGAGAAAGUGGACGGAAAAAGCAUUUCUCAUUUCUCUGUAUUUUCCUCCUUCUCCCCAAACAAGUCCAAGUGAAUAUUAUCGGGUCGGGUCAUCUCUCCGACUAUAAAACGCAUUUUCUCCGAUGAGAUUUUCAAUUGAGGAUUCCGAUUUGGACCGUUGAUUUUUGACCUCAAAAACCCUAGAAAUCAGGUAGUUUUGAUCUGGAGAGUGGUGUGUUGCUUGCAUUUUCAUGUGAUUUAGUGAAUGCUUUUGUAAAUAUGCAGUUUUUGUUGUUGAGAGAUUCCAGUUACCUCUGAAUUAGCUAUUUUUGUGGAUCUUGAUACACUUAGCACUAUAGCAACUCGUUAUAGUUCAAUUGUAUUCUCUCUCUUUUGCUCGGCGAGCAGAAAUAUGCAGAAGAGUGGGAAUCUUGUUAAAAAUAAUUCUUUGAGAGUUACAACUCAGCAGUCUCUUCGACGUCUCGGUUUGUGUUCCCAGAUUACAGCAGCAGGGCAGCAUUCAUCUCCUGUUGUUUUCCCUGAAAAACGAAGCAAAGGAAGGAAUUUGACGCGUGGAGAACUUAGUGUGAGUAAUAAUGAUCCUAAGAAAGAGAAAAAUGUGGAGCAUAGGAUUGACAUAGGGGAUGAGAAAUCUGACCUGCUCGGAUAUGACGUAUUUUCUGGAAAGCUGGUUUUGGACAAGGGAAAGGCAAUUAAAAAUGCAGAGUUAGAAGCCUCAAAGGAGGUUACUAACAAGGAUGCUGUUGAAGCCAAACUUACCAGCAAGGCUAUGGUUUGGGGUUCUGGUAUGCUGCGUCUAGAAGAUGUUAUUUCGGUAUCAUACUGUCCUGGACUCCGGCAUUUCACCAUCCAUUCAUAUCCCCUGAGAAGAGGUUCUGGUGCUCUUUCUUGUUUUCAAAAAACUCGAAGAAGUCAGAAGGACUUUCGCUUCUUAGCUUCUUCAUCCGAGGAAGCACUUCAAUGGGUAAAUGCAUUUGCAGAUCAACAGUGUUAUGUGAAUUUAUUGGCUCAUCCUCUGGCUUCAUCAAAGAAGCAGGCUUCUGAUGUGGCUACUAAUGAAUUUCCUCCUGAGUCAUAUGUACGAUGUAAAAAUCCUCCUAAAAUGCUCGUCAUUUUAAACCCAAGGUCUGGCCGUGGUCGUUCAAGUAAAGUAUUCCAUCGCAAGGUUGAACCUAUAUUCAAGCUUGCUGGCUUUAAGUUGGAAGUAGUCAAAACCACAUCUGCAGGUCAUGCCAAGAAACUUGCAAGCACGGUUGACUUCAGCACAUGUCCUGAUGGUAUUAUAUGUGUUGGAGGCGAUGGAAUAGUGAAUGAGGUUUUAAAUGGGCUACUCAGUAGGGACAACCAGAAAGAAGCAAUUUCGAUUCCAAUUGGAAUCAUUCCUGCUGGUUCUGAUAAUUCUUUGGUCUGGACUGUGCUUGGAGUUAGAGAUCCAGUUUCCGCUGCCAUAGCAAUUGUCAAGGGAGGGCUUACACCUACAGAUGUAUUUGCUGUUGAGUGGGUUCAAAGUGGUAGAAUUCACUUUGGAACGACUGUCACCUACUUCGGCUUUGUAAGCGAUGUGUUGGAACUAUCCGAGAAAUACCAGAAGCGGUUUGGUCCAUUACGCUACUUUGUUGCUGGUUUCCUCAAAUUCAUGUGCUUACCAAAGUACAGUUUUGAAGUGGAAUAUCUUCCAGCACUGAAAGAAGCAACUGGAGAAGGAAAAGCUUCGGUCAUUGAUAUGUCUGAAUUGUAUACAGACAUUAUGAGAAGGUCAAGCAAGGAAGGGCUUCCCAGACCCUCUAGCUUAUCAAGUAUUGAUUCAAUAAUGACCCCGAGUAGAAUGUCUGGAGCAGACUUGGAUACUACAUGUAGUAGCACUGAGCCAUCAGAAUAUGUGCGAGCCAUUGAUGCAAAAUCUAAGCGUUUGUCUGCUGGACGGACUGGCAACACAACUUCUGAACCGGAAGUUAUCCAUCCUCAAGUUCCACAUUCAGUAACCCCGAAUUGGCCCAGGACUAGGUCCAAAUCAAAAACAGAUAAAGGAUGGACGGGGUUGACUGCUGCAAAUGACCCCACUAGAUCUUCUUGGGCAAAUACAACUACAAAUGAUAAAGAGGAUAUCUCAUCAACAAUGUCGGACCCUGGCCCAAUUUGGGAUACAGAACCAAGAUGGGACACAGAACCUCAUUGGAAUAUGGAAAAUCCUAUUGAAUUGCCUGGACCAGCAGAUGACACUGAAGAUGCUGUGCGGAAGGAUAUUGUCCAGAAGCCUGCUGAAGAAUGGGUGACUACCAAAGGUCAAUUUCUUGGUGUCCUGGCAUGCAAUCAUUCAUGCAGAACUGUUCAAAGCUUAAGUUCACAGGUUGUGGCCCCAAAAGCAGAGCCUGAUGAUAACACGUUAGAUCUGUUGUUGGUCCAUGGAAGUGGAAGACUGAAGCUUAUAAGGUUCUUCUUGCUUCUGCAAAUGGGCCGGCACCUUUCCCUCCCAUACGUUGAAUAUGUCAAGGUUAAAGCAGUAAAGGUUAAGCCCGGGAAGCACUCUAACAGUAGCUGUGGUAUUGAUGGUGAACUUUUCCCAGUAAACGAGCAAGUGAUUUCGUCCUUGCUUCCAGAACAGUGCAGGCUUAUUGGUCGCGCCCCAGGUAAUUGCAAGUGAUUGAUGCGGUCCCUGUAUAUCUUCAAUAGGUCUCCGCCUUCCGGCUACAGCAUUCAGCUCUUUAUUUGUCAUUGAGGUCCUUGUAAAUUUUGUCAAUGUUGCUUAAAUUUUUCAAAUUAUAUGUCACCUUAUAUAGUAUUAAUGUGUACCCUUUGCCGUAACUUGUAUUAUUUGCCUUUUGAGUUGGCUUGGUAUGAAUAUUAGCCAUGUUCCUUGUACUAGUUUGACAAAGCGUGUAAAUUAUUGGUUUGUGAUUGUUGAGGAAAGAAAUUUUUAUUUAUCU